AUCAAAAGAAAAAAGGUAAAAUUCAAACUGAAUAAAAAUAAAUAUGUGUAUAGGGGUCAUGAUAUAGGUACAAGUACAAUUAAAAUAUAACCCGUAUAUAUACAGAUCAUCCAAUAGAAAAAUCCACAAUCCCUCCCCCUCAAAAAAAGAAAAAGUAGGCUAAUUCAUCAAAAUGUUCGUUACAAAUCGCUUUUGUGUUUGAGGGGGAAAAAGAAAAAUAAAAGAGCCGAGGCCAACAAAAUGCCUUUUCGAGAAGCUCAUUGAAGUAAUAAUGUUACAAUUUCGAGAAAAUAACGGAAUAACGGGUAAGGGAGUCAAUCUUUUAGAAAACACACCAAGGGAGGUAUUAGAAAAAAAGCAAAAUUGUUCCUGUUCCAAUUCGCUUGUGCGGGGCGUUAAAAAGGAAGAAAAAAAAGAGUUGUCUACAUGCUGUAAGAUUGAUGGUAACUCCAAGAAAGAAGAAGAAAUAACAAUAAUAAAAUCCUUUGUAAAUGGGACACCAAAGAAGAGAGAAAUAUUCGGGAUAUCUCAAAAUCACUCCAGAAAGAAAAAGGGACAAAACAAUACUCCUGGUCAUAAGGUUGUGCGGCUCAAAAGGAUGCUCAAAAUGAAUAUUAUGACGCACUCUCUGACGUAUCCGCUCUGGACAAAGGUUGACGUAGCAGUGCGUCGGUCGGUGAGGCCCGCCGAUAAUCUCGCCCACUUUCAGGUGCGCCUGGUUCAGCAGGCAGCGGUAAUGGUGGGGGUGGGGGUGGCGGGGGAAGUUGUUGUUGUUGUUGUUGCUGGUGCUGAGGCGGCUGCGGCUGUUGUGGUGCUGGACGUCCGCCAUAUAGCCGAGCUGCGCUUUGAUAAUCCUCAAAGGACAUGCUGUGGUCCUGCCGAAGCUGAGGGCCGGUGGAAGCUGCGAUUGCGACAAUGACUCCAUUAGUAUGAAAGCCUUUUUUCUUUUUCAUAUUUAAU